AGAGUAUUUCCGGUAUAAAUAAGUGGGUCAUGCAUUUCUCAUAAGCAAAACAACUUUAUCGAAUUCGUCCACAAAUGAAAAGUUUCAUUUGUAUGAAUAUGUGACAAUAAGUGCUUCCUCUGCUGAACAAUUUUCAAGAUGGAGAAACAGUAUUCAGUUGAGUUCUUUAUGAACUUUGUGGAAAACAUUCAGAAUCUAUGUCACAACUUUCUUGAGUUCAAUCAGAAUGUGGAGGUGAGCGGCUAUGUCUGUGUGGACAUCGACAACAUGAAGAAGGAGAGGUAUGUUCUCAGUGAGAUAGUCCAAAUGGGAGGCAACUCCAUCAGCGAGAGCUACUGUACUAAAGUCUUCAAAACCACUCCCACAGGCACUGUGCAGAGGAGUGGAUUCCGGGACAUCACAAACGCUCGAGUCCCCAGUGCAGCAACAAGUUCGGGGGAAGUGAAUGUGCCAGGACAUUCGUAUUCAUCACAAAGGAUGAGGACUGGUCAUCAGAGGAAAAGUGAAACCUCCCACACAUUAUCUUUGAACAUGGCUGUUUCACCAAGGUCACAAACAAAGACAGCCAUUGACCAAUCUUAUAGUGUCUUUCAAGGUCAUAAUGCCAGUUCAAACAGUAAUAGUAGUUUUGUUAACCCCAGUGUGACAGGAAUUCAAGGACGUGAGUCUGGCCCAGGGGAUUCCCAAAAUCGGACGAAGUCAAGACAGUUGACUCCAAAAGUAUGUAGACCAGCAACAGUGCCUGACAGUUCUGUGCUUAAAAGACGGUGUGAACCUUCCCCCCUGUCAGACAGCGCUGAUGAUGCGGAUGUGAUAGUUGUGAAGCAAGAGCCCUGUGACGAGGAGCGGGAGGAGCACGGUGAUCAGCCUCCUGUCAAGCGCCGGAGCGAGACGUUCCGUCUACCUUCAUCACUAACAGGAGGAGCCCUACCAGUCAUCCAACAUCCUCAUCCAGCCCCUAGCUCAAGCAACACCAGAGGUGAGGAUAAGAGUUAUUUCUCUUCAUCCAGCAAGGAAACAAGCAAUUCAACACAUCAUAAAGAUAAGAAACCAGAUUUGUCCGUGGAAGAGAUUCAGAACUUGGAGGACUAUGAAGUAGAGCUUGUUCCGUCAGAUGCGGAAGAGGAGAGCCUGGACCUGACUUUCCAAGUGGCACAUCCAGGAGGAGCUGUACAAUCCAGUGUUAUUGGAGCACAAGAUCCAGGUACUGAUGCAGUCGUCCUCCCUGGUCGACCUGGCAUCUACACACAGCAACAGGCACAGGCCCUGCAGCUGAUAGAGCUGACUCCAGGCUCGAAUGUCUAUGUUAGUCACGUCCAGAUGACAAUAGCAGAAAGGAAGGUGAAGGUUGAGGUCCGGUAUGGUCAGCCUUUCCGUAAUGCCUGUCCGUCUGCACGCUACCUGCUGGGCUUGUUCUACACCCGGCAAGAGCUGGCCAACAGCUCCCUGUCCGACACUCAGUACAGUAAAUUCCGCGGGCUGGAUAAAACAGUGAUUGAUGCCAUCACAGGCUUUUGUUUAAGUAGAAGUGAAUGUCCCAAGGCUGAAAUACGUGGAGUUUUAACACGGUCAAUAACUAGUGCUCGAUGUCAACUCAAACAAAAACUGAUUGCAAGUUUGAAGAAGGACUCUUCUGUAGAGGCGGCCUGGACAUUCUGAAGGUAUUUUGUACAUGCAUUGGUACAUACACUUAGACUGGUAAAUAUAUGGGUACACCUACUGGUACAUGCAUUGGUACAUACACUUAGUUUGGUAAUUAUAUGGGUACACCUACUGGUACAUGCAUUGGUACACACACUGGUACUUAGAUUGGUAAUUAUAUGGGUACACCCACUGGUACUUGCAUGGUAUACACACUGGUACUUAGAUUGGUAAUUAUAUGGGUACACCCACUGGUACAUGCAUUGGUACAUACACUGGUGCUUAGAUUGGUAAUAAUAUGGGUACACCCACUGGUACAUGCAUUGGUACAUACACUUAGAUUGGUAAUGAUAUGGGUACACCUACUGGUACAUGCAAUGGUACAUACACUGGUGCUUAGAUUGGUAAUUAUAUGGGUACACCCACUGGUACAUGCAUUGGUACAUACACUUAGAUUGGUAAUGAUAUGGGUACACCUACUGGUACAUGCAAUGGUACAUACACUGGUGCUUAGAUUGGUAAUUUUAUGGGUACACCCACUGGUACAUGCAUUGGUACAUACACUUAGAUUGGUAAUGAUAUGGGUACACCUACUGGUACAUGCAAUGGUACAUACACUGGUGCUUAGAUUGGUAAUUAUAUGGGUACACCCACUGGUACAUGCAUUGGUACAUACACUUAGAUUGGUAAUGAUAUGGGUACACCUACUGGUACAUGCAAUGGUACACCCACUGGUGCUCAGAUUGGUAAUUAUAUGGGUACACCUACUGGUACAUGCAUGGUAUACACACUGGUACUUAGAUUGGUAAUUAUAUGGGUACACCCACUGGUACAUGCAUUGGUACAUACACUGGUGCUUAGAUUGGUAAUGAUAUGGGUACACCUAUUGGUACAUGCAAUGGUACACCCACUGGUGCUUAGAUUGGUAAUUAUAUGGGUACACCUACUGGUACAUGCAUGGUAUACACACUGGUACUUAGAUUGGUAAUUAUAUGGGUACACCUACUGGUACAUGCAUGGUAUACACACUGGUACUUAGAUUGGUAAUUAUAUGGGUACACCUACUGGUACAUGCAUGGUAUACACACUGGUACUUAGAUUGGUAAUUAUAUGGGUACACCUACUGGUACAUGCAAUGGUACACACACUGGUACUUAGAUUGGUAAUUAUAUGGGUACACCUACUGGUACAUGCAAUGGUACACACACUGGUGAUUAGAUUGGUAAUUUUAUGGGUACACCUACUGGUACAUGCAUUAGUACAUACACUUAGAUUGGUAAUAAUAUGGGUACACCUACUGGUACAUGCAUGGUAUACACACUGGUACUUAGAUUGGUAAUUAUAUGGGUACACCUACUGGUACAUGCAUUGGUACACACACUAGUGCUUAGAUUGGUAAUUAUAUGGGUACACCCACUGGUACAUGCAUGGUAUACACACUGGUACUUAGAUUGGUAAUUAUAUAGGUACACCCACUGGUACAUGCAUGUUAUACACACUGGUACAUCCAUGGUACAUACAUGGUACGCACACUGGUACUUUGAUUGGUAAUUAUAUGGGUACACACACUGGUUCAAGCAUGGUACAUACACUGUUAUAACAUUGGUACAUAUGUAGGUACAUACAUGGGUACACACUCUGGUUCAAGCAUGGUACAUACACUGUUAUAACAUUGGUACAUAUGUAGGUACAUACAUGGGUACACACACUGGUUCAAGCAUGGUACAUACACUGUUAUAACAUUGGUACAUAUGUAGGUACAUACAUGGGUACACACACUGGUUCAAGCAUGGUACAUGCACUGUUAUAACAUUGGUACAUAUGUAGGUACAUACAUGGGUACACACUCUGGUUCAAGCAUGGUACAUACACUGUUAUAACAUUGGUACAUAUGUAGGUACAUACAUGGGUACACACUCUGGUUCAUACAGGAAGGCACAUGCGUUAAUGUACAAACCUGGGGGAAUACAUGAAGGUUCAUCAUGUGAAGGUUCCUGGUUAAAAUUGAUAUUCAGCAACCGAUGCUUGUUGUAAGUGGCGACUAUGCUUUUCGUAAAAGGCAGUUAAAGGGAUCGGGUGGUCAGGCUCACUAAGUAGGUUGAUGAAUGUCAUUGUAUCCUAAUUGUGUAGAUUGAUGCUCAUUAUGUCAAUCACUGGAUUGUCUGCUCCAGACAUGAGUAUAUAUAUUUCUGAGUGCGGUGUUAAACAACAAACAAACGUGACGGUACAUACUUGGUUACAAACAUGAGGGUAUAUUAGGUUUAGAAUAUGUGUAAAUAUUUAUGUGUAUAUAAGUCAUAUUUAUUGUGUUAAUUGAUAUAAAUGUACUAACUGAUUUCAGAUUGAAUGUCAAUAAAUAAGAUAAAAUGAAAUAACAAACAUCUUUAUUUUAUUUAUUUAUUAAUUCAUUUAUAUCAGUACGGGAUGAUUGGGACACCAAGACGAGAUGCCUGGGAACCGAUCCCACGUAAACAGUCAGGCUACCUUACCCUACCCCAGCAGACCCACUGCAAGUACCAUUCAGGAUAGAGAACUAGUACAAUUCCAGAAUUGCAACUUUGUUCUUACUUCAUUUCCAUGUGUUUUGAGGUUUUCGUUACUGAAGCAAGCUCUAGAUGACUGUUACUAAGUUGGAAGCAUGUUUGGUAAUAAUGUUUUUCUGUGAAAGUUUGUCACCAUGUCAUUAUUGCAGCAACCCAUCUGUGACACCGACUUCAACUGACAAUGUUUCUGUUUCAGGAUUCUGUCUCAUGUUCAGGCACCAGUCAAUGGAGGAUGUGAAGAAUGCUUUGCGAUCGUCCAUUACAUCAUCUUUGCAUUCAAUCAGAGGAAGAGGAAUGGAUUUGUUCCUUUGUGGACCAUCACAGCAAAACAACGUACUUCAUCGUGGACCAUCACAGCAAACACUGUGCUUCAUCAUUGACCAUCACAGCAAACACCGUACUUCAUCAUGGACCAUCACAGCAAACACUGUACUUAAUCAUGGACCAUCACAGCAAACACUGUACUUCAUCAAGGACCAUCACAGCAAACACUGUACUUCAUCAUGGACCAUCACAGCAAACACUGUACUUCAUCGUGGACCAUCACAGCAAACACUGUACUUCAUCAUGGACCAUCACAGCAAACACUGUACUUCAUCAUGGACCAUCACAGCAAACACUGUACUUCAUCAUGGACCAUCACAGCAAACACUGUACUUCAUCGUGGACCAUCACAGCAAACACUGUACUUCAUCAUGGACCAUCACAGCAAACACUGUACUUCAUCAUGGACCAUCACAGCAAACACUGUACUUCAUCAUGGACCAUCACAGCAAACACUGUACUUCAUCGUGAACCAUCACAGCAAACACUGUACUUCAUCAAGGACCAUCACAGCAAACACUGUACUUCAUCAUGGACCAUCACAGCAAACAUUGUGGUCCAUCACAGCAAAACAAUGUGCCCUAUCGUGGUCCAUCACAGUAGAAAAAAUAUGUGCCCCACUGUGGACCAUCACAGCAAAACAAUGUGCCCCACUGUGGACCAUCACAGCAAAACAAUGUGCCCCACUGGGGACCAUCACAGCAAAACAAUGUGCCCCACUGUGGACCAUCACAGCAAAACAAUGUGCCCCACUGUGGACCAUCACAGCAAAACAAUGUGCCCCACUGUGGACCAUCACAGCAAGACAAUGUGCCCCACUGUGGACCAUCACAGCAAAACAAUGUGCCCCACUGUGGACCAUCACAGCAAAACAAUGUGCCCCACUGUGGACCAUCACAGCAAAACAAUGUGCCCCACUGGGGACCAUCACAGCAAAA